GGUUUCGUACAGGUCUCAAAUAUCAAAUACAUUUACAAUUGUUGACUUCAAUUUUUAUUUGCUGAAUGAGUUUUGUCAUUAUUGUGAAAACGUUUCUUAUACUAUUCUAUAUAUUCUUGCGUGUGCUUGUUGGAUCGUGUGGGCUGCAAAAACAUUGGUAAGAACAACAAGAGAAAAGGACGGGGACUGAGGAAUUAGUGGGAGAAUAUGGUAGAGGGGAAGUGAGUUACUUCACUAUCGAGGAAAGACAAUGUAACACAGCACUCGACUCUGGUAUGGGAGUAAGGAUAUGUUGGAGACGUCCGGAAUAGACGUUAGGACGUCGAUGCCAGUAAUGGGCAUGAUGCUUUAUAAGUCUAAAAGAAUAUAUAUUUUUUUCGUAAUGAAUGCGUGAACUUAUUAUUCACUGCCAAACAUAUGUCAUGUACUGAAGAUAAUUAAUUAAGAAGAAUACGCUGGCACUUCUAUAUUAGAAGCUUAUAAAGCACAAGUGUUCCUGAUUUAUUCUUGACUUGUUAUGGCUUUCGACGAGGGUCCUUUCGUGUUCAGAAUCAACGAUAACGGGGGAGGACCAAACCUCUUAUUUCAGGUGUGUGCCGAACGGGGCUGGAGGGAGUAUAGCGAAUGCGGCUUACUAAAGGAUAACUGGAACCUCUGGUGGAGAACUACCGGCUUACCCCUUUCCCAUUACAAGCAGCUCAAAACAUGGCAGUUUACAAAUCACAUCCCCAAAGGUUCUUCAAUAUGCAGAAAGGAUAACUUGGCAAGAUAUUUACGGUGUAUGAAGAAAGUUUACGGAACGAUCUACAAUUUCAGUCCACAGUGUUAUAACUUGCCUCUGGAGUACACCAAGCUUGUGGCAGAAUUCAGUCAGGGGAAGAAUAAUGGAAAUGCUGUAUGGAUAUGCAAACCUGUUGGUCAGAGUCAAGGGAGGGGUAUAUUCCUCUUCAAGGACCUUGGAGAUCUGUGUUACGAUAGUAAUGCUAUUGUUCAGCGCUACAUUGAGAACCCUCUGCUCAUCGGCGGCUAUAAGUUUGACCUCAGAUUAUACGUGUGCAUACCGUCAUACCAUCCACUAACAGUUUAUCUGUACAAGGAAGGUCUGGUCAGAUUCAGUACGGACAAGUUCUCAAUGGCUGACCUCAGUAACCCGUUCUGUCAUCUCACGAACAGUUCACUCAAUAAAUGGGGACCAGGUUAUAAUGAGAAAAAGGAAAGAAUUGGUCCAGGUUGUAAAUGGUCUCUGAGACAGUUGCGUCGGUAUUUCCACCAGACGAAAAUCUCGGAUUGGUUGCUGUGGCAACGAGUCUCUGCCCUUGUUGUCCUCACUGUAGUCAGCCAGCUUUCUGGCAUACCCAGCACAGCAAACUGCUUCGAGUUUUAUGGCUUCGACGUUCUCAUUGACGCAAGCCUCAGGCCUUGGCUGUUAGAAGUUAAUUUAAGUCCUGCACUUGGAAAUGAUUGUGAUAUAGACCAGAUUGUGAAAAAACCGAUGUUACAUGAUAUGUUUGACCUUCUUGGUCUGCCUAUGUGCAAUACAGGACUUUCACUCUUCACAACCUGGUCCACUUUAAGCCAUAAUAAAUAUCCAGAUGACCCAAGCUCUUCAGAAAAUGAAGACAGUGAAAAUGAGAAUGGUGGGGCCAAAGUCUUAUCUGGAAGGAAAGGAGCAAGUUCUUCAGCUCUGAGUGUACUAGCAGUUGCAAGCAGAUGGAAAAGACAUCAGCAGAAGAAUCACAAUUCAACACAGAGUACAUCUAUACAACAUACAAGAAAAAAGAAUGUGUGUCUUCAGGUUGUCAAUCAUUUCAGUCUUCCUGGAUGUUCAGGGGCAAUAGGGUCAUGUAAUCAAAUGUCCAGUGGAAGAACACCUAGGACUCAAACUGCCAAUACCAAAACCCCUAUCAGAUAUUCUUCCAUUAAUAAAAGUAUUGCUCAGAAUUCAUAUUCUUCAACAGUUUCAGCCAAUGGUGUAGGUGAAGAUGAUAACCAUAAAACAAUAAGCAGCCGGAAUUCGCAAAAUCCAGAGGAAGUUUGGAUGUGCUAUAAUGCAUUACUUACUGAUCACAGUAGAAACCAAGUCCAUAGUUUCCGUGGACAGAAAAAAUACCCACCACCAAUGCUGUGGGGUAAUGGACGUGACUGGAGAUCUCCUCCAGCAAGGGAAGGCAACUGGGUGAGGCUGUUCCCUUUGAGACCCACAACUCAGUACACUAUGCAAAUACCACAAAAAAUCCCAACAGUUGUGCAAGGGGACACAGAAGUGAAGAAUGUAGUUGCAGCUGUUCACAAGUAUUCCAAAGCAGCAAGGGAGAUUUUUAAAUGCAAUCCAACAUUUUCAGAUGAAUCAUUCAGUACAAUUAUGAAGCAGACACUAGGAAUGAUAUCUGAAGUAUGGUUACCAAGCAAAUAGUAAAUACGAAUACUGUGAAUAUAAGAAAUAGGUAAAUAA